AACAUAUCCGCUGCAUCCCAUUUAUAAAAGAGAGAGAGCAACUCAAGAAAACUAGAGAGAGAGAGAGAAGAGGAUCCAAACAUGAGUUAUUUUACUACCACGAUCCCAUUUGACCAAACUGAUGAGUUCUUCCAACGCUCUUCUUUUGAUUCCCACCAGCAGGAUCACCAAGUUGAUGACUACGAUGAUAUCCUAUACCAACUAUCUUCUCCUCCAGAUGGGAACUUCUUCAUCGGCGAGACGCUCGAAGACCAUGGCCGACAGGGUAAUAAGACGUCCUCCGUGUUCGAUAACCCCAUGGCCGGUGCAAAGCCUAAUGUCAACCCCGGCAAGAACAAGAAAGUCAUACACAGAGAUAUUGAGAGGCAAAGGAGGCAAGAAAUGGCUACCCUCUAUGGAUCUCUAAGGAAACAGCUCCCAAUUGAAUUUCUUAAGGGAAAGAGAUCUAUUUCUGAUCACAUUCAUGAGGCAGUCAACUACAUAAGGCAUAUGCAGGACAAGAUCCAAGCGCUGAGUGACAAGAGAGACGAGCUGAAGGGACUGUCUGAUCCGGGUGUUCCUGGGGAGACACCUGAAUGUUCAGGAACUGCCUGCUCUCAGGAUGACACAGUGAUGGUCCAGCCUUGCAUGGUAGGAGUGGAGAUUCUCAUAAACACAGCCCCGCAACUAGGGCUCCCUCUAUCAAGAGCAUUCAAAGCAUUGUCCGAAGAAGGAGUAAAUGUGAUCAGCUGCAAUUCGACGCAGGUGAACGAAAGAAUUCUUCACUCCAUCAAAGCCGAGGUAACCAAUGGAGGGAAUAGCAAUUUGUCUGAGCUGCGGAAGAAAUUGAUGAAGUUAACAACUUGAUUAUUCUCAGAGGGGAGUAGUUCCGCGAAUCUCAGUGUCGUGAACCAUUCCUCUGGAUGACAUGAAUCUCGAGGAUGUCUUCAUAUCCUGCAGGUCCCUCUUCGAGGCAAUUUAAGCCGGGAAUUGGUAAUGUUGGUGGCGAUGCUUUGUUACAAUAUGCGAAUGUGAUACAUUAAUUUUUGCACAUACUUCGUGUACUCUAUUGAGACUAGUAAUGUUGCUGUGUGGAGUUGGCUUU